GCGCAAUAAAAACCCUAAAAAAUUCUCUAUCAAGCCCAACCACAAAAGCGGAAUCCCCCUUUCCCACCCCUUUUACUUUCACCAAAAAAAAGGACCCCAAAAGUUUCGAAACUCUCCCGCCAAUUCUGACCGCAUCUACAUAUUUCCCUCAUUCCUUAACCGCCAAAAUCAACAGCUGCGAUCUCCAUCAUCUCGCCUCCGCUCGCUUUCUUCUUCUAUCUCUGGCGAUUUUGGCGGCUAGGGUUUUGGUGGGGGCGUUGAUGAGGGUUUUGGGGGCCUAGGGUUUCCGAGAUGAGCGCGGUCAACAUCACGAACGUGACGGUACUCGACAAUCCUGCGGCGUUUCUCAAUCCGUUCCAGUUCGAGAUCUCCUACGAGUGCCUCGUCCCUCUCAAAGACGAUCUGGAAUGGAAGCUCAUCUAUGUGGGAUCUGCUGAAGACGAGACCUAUGAUCAACUUCUCGAGAGCGUUCUUGUUGGCCCCGUAAAUGUUGGGAACUACCGUUUUGUCUUCGAGGCAGAUCCUCCAGAUCCUUCAAAGAUUCGAGAUGAAGACAUCAUAGGUGUUACAGUACUGCUACUGACCUGCUCAUACUUGGGCCAAGAAUUCAUAAGAGUUGGAUAUUAUGUUAACAAUGACUAUGAUGACGAGCUACUAAGAUUAGAACCUCCGACAAAAGUGAUAAUCGAUAAAGUCCAGAGAAAUAUCCUCGCUGAUAAACCUAGAGUCACAAAGUUUCCCAUUAAUUUCCAUCCCGAUUCCAAUGAAAAUGGUGAGCAACAGCCUCCUGUGUCUUCCCCUGAGAAUCAUGAGAGCAAUGAUCCUCCACCUGAAGGCUCCUCUCCUCCACCUCCUAGUGAAAGCUGAGAAGCUUGUAGAGCUUUGUUUUUUUUUUGAUGGAACUGUACUGUUAACAACUAGAUGUGUUCCUGUGAAAUAACUUUGUUUCCAAUUUCCUGAGUCUCACUAGUAAAAUUUAGCUUCGUGUAUUGUUGUGUGGUAUGAGAUUUCAUUGACUUAUUGUCACCUUUAUA